AUGUCAUUUAAUUUUGGAAAUACGUCAACAUCAGCUUUGGGAGCUACGAGUACGCCUGCAAAGCCUUUUGGAUUUGCAUUUGGAACAACAACAACUUCAGCUCCUCCUGCAUUUGGACAGGCAACAAAUACUUUCGCAACUCCUAACUCAGCACCUGCGUUUGGGCAAACAAACACAACUUCAACUUUCUCAUUUGGGUCGAAUACUUUGACGUCACAAGCUCAACCGUUAGCAUUUGGGGCAACUGGAACUUCAGCAUUUAAUUUUCCUGCCACAACAUCAACCGCUCCAGCCUUUGGAUUUGGAUCUGCAGCAACAUCGACUGCACCUUCGUUUGGAUUUGGUCAAAAUAAUCCGACAUCCCAAGCUCCUUCACUUUUUGGAAAUACUGGCUUUGGUGGAUUCGGAGCUGCAGCUGCUCCUGCAUUCGGAGCAAAUACUGGCAUGGCUGGUGGUAUGAAUACGACACUAUGUAGGAUUUGGACAACAGCAGCAGCAACAACAACAAGUUCAAGGAUUGUCACCCGAUGA